AUGGCUGAAGCACGACGUCUGUUCGAAGAAAUUCCAGAUAGAACUGCGGUUUCGUGGGCAUUGAAGAAUUUAGACCCUGACGAGGGAAUAUUUGUUAGCUUACUUAGUGCCUGUGGAUCUGCGGAUAUUGGAAUAUGGAUUCACAAGCAUUUGAAAGGAAUGCAGUUGCCGAUGACUAUAUGUACUCAGAAAUGUGGAAAUUUGGGUUUAGCUAAGAAUUUGUUUGAUGGGAUGCAGGAAAGAGAUAUUUUUGAUAGCAUGAAGUUGGUUUACGGAAUUGAACCUAAAAGGGAGAAUUAUAGAUGUAUGAUCAAUUUACUUGGUCGAGCUGCGCUUUUUGAGGAGGCUAAAGAAAUUAUUCUGAGAAUGCCAACUUCAUGUAGCCCUUUAGAGGAAGCAAUGGCUUGGAGAGCAUUACUGAGUUCUUGCUGUUCUGGCAAAUAUGAUGAUGUCAGGAGAACAAGGAAAGAUAUAAAGGAGAGAGGAGUAGUGAAAACACCCGGUUGUAGUUCGAUUGAGGUUAAUGGGUUUAUUCAUGAGUUUGUUGCUGGUUUUGGGUACAGUUUUGCGGUAUACAUGAUGUGGGAUUGCAAGUCUCAACUUCAAAACUUACACUCCUUGGUUUACUCAGUGGACGUAAAAGAAAAUGUAAAGCAAGGGAUUUCAUAUGUAGAACAGCAAAUUUUAGAAUGA